GGAGAAACACUAACACUGCUGUGACCUAAAUAAAUACUACAUUUUUAAAAUUUCUAUUACCAAAUUGUGUGCAUCAAUGCAAGUGUAAGAAAGCAAAUCUGCUCAAGCACUUAUUAGGAUUUCUAGUACCUGAUACUUUAUCUGUAUUUCAGUUUGUGUAAUUGUAAAAAAUGCUCCUGUAUGUUUACUUAUGAAGUUGCAUGUGUGGUUGAGCUGAUUUUUAAUAUCAAUACUACGGCUUUACCAAAAUGGACUGUUUUUUUUUUCUUCCCAAAACUACAUUACCCAUGAGCCUUCAAACUUAAAUUGCGUCACGCGGUUGUACAGUAAAGCGGUUCCUUUUGCGGAAAGGUCUGUUAUGUUGUUUUGUUCAGUAUAGACGGUUUAGUUUUAAUAUGUGACCCACGCCUCAACCUGUCAUAUUACCUUAAACGUCACGUUUUAUUCAGAUCUAACUCUGGUUAGGAGCCUGUCUUCUCCCGGCCAGGAUGUUCUUUAUUGCUUUGGUGUGGAGCCUGUCGCUCACUGCCGUGGGCCAGCAGGAGGACAACGAGUGGCUCGACCCUUACGAUAUGCUCAACUACGAUGCUAGCACCAAAACGAUGAGGAAGCCUACUGAGCCAGCAAGCUAUGACAACGUGGGCACUAAAAGAAGAGAGUACAAUCAGGACUCUAGCCAGACCGAGCUGACGUCCUGCAAAGAGCAAGUGGAGGACCUACAGAAACAGAAUGAAGAUCAAAAGAAGACGAUCAAGCUCAUCUCACAACAGCCAACAUGCAGUCCAGUGUUCAAGCGAUUUCUGAGCAGACUGUUGAAGGAAAUACAAAGAGUGGGUGUGCCCAGUGACUCCACAGAUGUCUUCUUUGAUGCCAAAGUCAAACUGUCCAAACAAGCCAUGACAGAGAUCCAGACACUUCUGGAGGGUGAAGACAGAUGGAGAACAGGCGCUCUGGACAACGCCAUCAGUCAGAUACUCGUGGACCUUAAACCGCAUGAUUAUGAGGCCUGGAAGUGGCGAUUUGAAGACACCUUUGGGGUGGAGUUGGACACAGUAUUAAAAAUCGGGUCAUUUAUCCUGAUUAUAGUAGCCAUUAUCAGCACCGAACUGUGGACAACGAUCUCCUGGUUUGUGCAGUUCCGACGACUGUUUGCCGUCUGCUUCUUCGUUAGUAUUAUCUGGAACUGGUUCUACCUGUACAAGAUUGCCUUUGCUGAGCAUCAAAAUAAUAUAGUGAAGAUGGAAGGCUUUAAUGCAAAAUGCACUGGGGUGAAGAAAAUUGACUGGAGUGACAGUUUGAAAGAGUGGUUUAGAAGCACCUGGACUCUUCAAGAUGACCCUUGUAAGAGAUACUAUGAAGUUCUCAUGGUUAAUCCCAUCCUGUUGGUACCUCCAACCAAGGUAGGCCACUCUUUGGAAUGUCUGUUAAGGGUUAUUGAGGUUUUGCAGACACAUCACCACUAAACACAUGGUUUUAAUUUGGCUGCCAUUUUGGACAUGUGACAAAUAUGUUGACAGCGUAGAAGUGAGCGAGCAAGUUGCCAGUCACACACUGCCCACGACCAUACGACAACCUCCAGUUGUGAAGUAAAAAGUACAAAUUUUGAAAUUGCAUUUUGAAACUUCUUGGCUGCAGCACUGAAGCACAACUUUUGCUUCCAUGUCCAGUUUGUGUCACACUUUUUCAAGUUGUGCAACUGCUCGGCUAUUAUUUGGCAAGUUGUUGCAGACAGAACGUGAAAAAAAACAGCCACUGUGGCAAAAACCAAAGUUGUCACCAGGAGGAUUUUGGUACAGCACCUUCUUUACACCGAUUUUACCCAGCAACCAGUCUACCUUGUUCUAACUGCUAUAUAUUUUUACCAUGCCAAACUGUGUUCCUUGGUAUGCGCUUGGACUUUGUUAUGACCUAGACAUCCUUC